AUCGCAAUUAAACAAACAAAUGGAAAGCCUCCGUAGCAAACACUCGACUGCCGCCGACACGGACACGGACACCGACACCCCAAUCUCCCCAGCGAUCCGAUGACGCACGAGCUAUACCCCUCCGACAAUCCGGACGACCAUCAUGGUCCUUAAGGGAAGAGACCUUGCCGUCGCCGGGCUCGUCUGCUUCGUAGCCUGGGGCUAUGCCGUCUCCUGGCUGCCCGCCCUGCGCUGGGCCGUCUACGCGUUCGUUGCCGGCUGUUUGUUGACUCUGGUCUCUAUCCUGGCCCUCAUCCUCCUGACAUCCCGCGGCGGCGCCCACUACACCGCCAACGUACGGACCCGAAUCGCACGACCCAGAGCCGUCGAGUUCGUCGGACCCCUGGCCUGGCGCAGAGAGACGAGCUCCCUGCGCGUCCGGCAGAUCUACGAGCCCGCCCCCCUGUACCCGGACUCGAGACGCAUCUCGCAUGCCAUCGACGAGCUCCUGACUCUGAUCCUGCGGGACUUUGUGCGGUCGUGGUACAGUCACAUCAGCGCCAACCCCGUCUUCGCCAACGAGGUCGACAAGACGGUGCGCAUCGCCUUGGCAAAUAUCCGGGACCGCUUGCUCGACGUCGACCUGGUUGAGGUGGCCAUCGAUCGAGUUGUGCCCAUCCUGACGGCGCACUUCAGGGACUUCAACGAUGCCGAGCGGGCCGUCAGGGGCCGCAAGCUGAACAGGAGCGUCACGGAGACGGAGGAGCUCGACCUUGCCAUCGCCGGCAAGUACAGGGAUGGCCGUCUGCAUGCGGCGGCCAGUUUGGCCUACUCGGACUCCAAGACGGUGCAGCAGGAACACCUGCGCAAGACCGUCGCCGCCAUACUGCCCAAGCUGCUGCCUCAGAAUGUGCUGAAUAGCAGGGCUGUGUCCACCAUUGUUCGCGAGAUCGUGGGCUGUGCCGUACUUUUCCCCGUGAUGACGAUGCUGUGCGAGCCGGACACUUGGAACCAGAUCAUGGAGAACUAUGGGCGCACUAUGUUGCAGGAUCGAUCAACCGUCAGGAAGCUGAGGGCCGCCCUGGACGCACAUGCCACCCCAGACCCCAAGAAGGGCAAGAAGACGGCCACCACAUACCCACGACUAACGCCAGGAGAUGGAGAAAGGAGGUUUGAGAAGUGGAUAAGAGCCAUAAGAAAAGUCAACAAUCUGUCAGAUGCCAGGAGAUUCAGAAGCGAGGUUGCCAGCCAGUUGAAAAAGGAUUCCGAGCAGGAGGGCCAAGAUCAAGUGUAUAUGAGAAGGCUAGAAAUGGGAAAGAGACUGCUAGAUCAAAGGGUGCAGCAUCUUGCUGCUGGCGGCGACAGGAGGAACGUACCAGCAUACACCAAUUCGACAUCGCCAACCGAAACCUCGCGUCUCGAGCAUGCACGCUUAGCCGACUUGCUAAGGGAUACCUCGGGCCUGUCGUACUUCAUGGAAUAUAUGGACAGACAGCGUAUGAUGCCCCUGGUACAGUUUUGGCUGGUCGUGGAUGGGUUUCGGAAUCCACUCGAGGAUGAUGGGCCAGAAAGUGAACAGUUGCCCUCAACGUUACCACCAUGGACGGAUUCCGAUCGCAUGGAUCUUGCACAGAUAGACCAAGCUUACAUGUCUAGGCCUGAGCUCAAAGUGCCGGAUUCUUCCAAGAAAGCCAUCCGGAACUUCCUGGAGUCCGGAAGGAAAGCAACACCGGAGCAGUACUUCAAAGCCAGACGUGCGGUAUUGAGAGCGCAGAGCACAGUACUCGAAGAGAUGCAAUCCAAAUACUUUCAGUCUUUCAAGAAAUCUGACUUGUGGUACAAAUGUCUGGCAUCCGAAGAAGCUUCCAAGACGGCCGCUUCCCUUGCACCGCCGCCUCUACCCGUCAGACCUACCAGUCCACCCCUAGCAAGAGCAUCACAGUCAUACCAGCAAACGAAGCCAGCACCCACAUCCGUCGCAAGGCUGAAUCCCCGGCUUAAUACGCAGGUGAAGCGUGGUCUUUCGGCGACAGACUUGCGGCAGGCCACUAAUGGUAGCCACAGUCCUGACCCCAUGGGUCGGCGUUCACUAGAUCAGACUUUGCAUACCCCUCUGUUCGACGAUGACGACUUCGAUCAUGACCCGAUGGGAGACUCGAUACAGAGCUUAGAUCAAGAUCCUGUAGAUCCGACGCCUGACACUAAUGUGGUGCAGGCCAUGGAAGAAGCGCUAAACAACAUUAUGGAGGAUGAUCGACCAGAGUCAGCUGAGGACCUUCGCCAGUCGCUCUUUGGCAACGAAGACGGCACAGCCAGCAUCUUCUCCGGGCAUGACAAUGAGUCGACAAGAGGGUCAAUAGAUAUCCAGCGCCCUGGCCCAUCUGGCAAGGAGCCUGACAAGCCCAGUCUAUCCUCCCUUGGCCUGGUGAGUGCGGCAUCCCGUAUCGGCGUCUUCGAGGAUAACGACUUGUUCGGUGACGAGGAUAAGCUCCUGGGCGAAGAUCAGGAUGAACUCAAUGAAGAUGCUGGGAAUAUCGAGGAUGAAGUGCACGAAGCUGCACCCGGCGACCUUGGUCUUGCAGAAGCAAUUACUGUUCUCACGAACGAUAUUGAUCGACUUGUAGCGCAAGAAGCGGUUCUGGAUUCACUGAUGAAGAAGGCGGAAUUGACCAACAAUACAGCAGAGUUGCGCAUUUUAAGAAAGUCGAAAGGAAGUCUUCGAAGGGAACUGAGGCGGAAGGAAUUGCAAAGACAGCAAUAUGUUGUUCAGGAGAGCGACAAUAGUCUCUACGGACGCUCUUCAAUAAAGAUCAAAGCAAUACAGGUCGGGCGAGAUGACGACGGCAAGGAAUUUGCGCUAUACGUCGUCGAGGUGCAAAGGGUCGCGGGCGAGAAGAUGCCAGCAGCCACUUGGAUAGUGACGAGACGCUACAGUGAGUUCCACGAAUUACAUCAGAAGUUGCGCAAUAGAUACCCUUCAGUACGCGACCUUGACUUUCCACGUCGGCGCGUAAUCAUGACACUCCAGAGCGAGUUUCUCCGAAAGCGCCAGCAGGCUCUCGAACAAUACAUGCAGCAACUACUUCGCCUUCCCGAAGUCUGCCGCUCCCGCGACCUACGCGCCUUCCUCUCCCAGAGCGUGAUCAAGCAGGGCGAGGAUCUGAUCACUCGCGAGGAUAAGAAAGAUAUGAUGUCCCGAUUCUACGAUUCCGUGACUGAUGGCAUGGAAGACAUCCUGGGCAACAUCCCCGUGCUCGAUCAACUGUCGGUCGCGGGCCAAAACCUGAUCGCGGCCGCCACCAGCCAGCUCAACACGACUUCCGGCAUGAUGCCAGGCGGUCUGCACGUCGGCGAAGAUGCCUUGACGGCCGCCGAGGCCGAGGCCGAGCUCAAUGCCUUCGAGAACAAGGAGCUCGAGCCCUUCAUCAAGCCCAUCUGCGACAUCUUCCUCGAGGUCUUCGAGCUCAACCGCGGCAACAACUGGCUGCGCGGCCGCGCCGUCGUCGUCGUGCUGCACCAGCUGCUAGGCGGCACCAUCGAGCGCAAGGUCCGCGAUAACGCCAAGGUCCUAGUUCAGGAGGACGCCAUACUCAAGUACAUCGGCCUCGCAAGGGACAGCAUGUGGCCGGACGGCGGGGGGCUGAAGCGGGGCAAGUCGCCCCGGACGACCGCACAGAAGGCCAAGACGAGGCGGGAGGCCGGGCUCAUGCUCGCGACGCUGCUCCCGGACCUGGCGGGCAGUGUUGUCGGACGCCUGAACGCGCAGGCGGCGAGCCGCAGGUUGUUUGCUACGCUGAACAAUGAGAAGCUAAAUACGCAUCUGGUCUACACGAUACUGGACGAGUUGGUGGACGUGCUUUUCGGAUGAGUUGGCAUCCUUAUCAUCAUCUUAUGAGACGGCUGAGGGUUCUGCAUUGGGAAGAGAGGGUUCAUAUCCUGCAUAGCAUCGGCGUUCGCGUGAAUUUCCUUUUUUUUUUAAGGUAUGAUAGGAGAUACGUUAAUUAAGCGAUCGAGACUAUAUUUUGAA